AUAGAGUGCAGUGCUAAAAUACACACUAUCCGGAAUUAAAGUGUACAGUUAUACAGUCUGUUUGCAAUUUAGUGUCUCCCCAUUGAGUCCUAUACGUUCUCUCCUUCAGACUGACCAAAGUCGUUCAAGUAUAACGUAAUCUGUGAAUAUGAUCGUGGCGUGUCUCCGAUUAAGGGCCGUGUGCCGAGCGGUGGGAUACAGCAGACACUUUAGUAGAACAGGCGCAGCAAGCAUGUCGGUAAAGGUAGGUGACAGUCUCCCCGAUGUGGACCUGUACGAGAAUGAACCAGGAAACAAGGUCAAUGCCGCAAAACAAUUUGCAACUGGGAAACACGUCAUCUUCGGCGUACCUGGGGCUUUCACACCUGGAUGUUCCAAAACCCAUCUACCCGAAUACGUUAGAGAUUUUGACAAAUUGAAGGGUAAGGGAGUAACAUCUGUGAGCUGUGUUGCUGUCAAUGAUCCAUUUGUCAUGAAAGCCUGGGGUGAACAGCACAAUGCAGAGGGCAAGGUCACGAUGUUAGCUGACACAUGUGGAGAUUUUACCAAAAAGCUUGGUCUUGAUUUGGAUUUGUCAGCUGUACUCGGCAGUGUUAGAUGCAAAAGGUUUUCAAUGGUUGUGGAGGACGGUAAGAUUAAGGAUCUGAACGUGGAACCAGAUGGUACUGGACUCACCUGUAGUCUGUCAACCAGCAUGUUGGAGAAACUGUAAUUUGUUGUACAGGAACGGAGUAGGCCUGGAUGGUCCUGAGGAGGUCUGCAUGAGAUCUCGGAGCUUGUGUGUGUUUGUAACACCAUCUGCCAUAGCUUUACAUGUUCAUCUUCAUUGUACUUUGCCUGUUAUGGGGUAGCAUAUGUAGUCGAUAAAGAGACCACAGCAUUUGAUAGAAUGUGUCUGUUAAUAGUGAUAUUAUGUUAACACAAUAUGUUUAUGUUAAAAAUACUAGACGUCAAUAGUGAUAUUAUGUUAACAAAAUAUGUUUUUGUUAAAAAUACUAGAAUUUUUGUUGUUUAAAGAAGGCUUUUCUUUACGUUCUUGACCGGAACAUCAUUUUUUUUCUUUCAGAUUUGAUGUUAAUGUCCAUUAAGUUGAAUUAACUAAAACAACUUGUGUGAAUAUUUGAAGUGGAAUGAUUUAUUUGUCAGAAAACGUUUGUCUGAACUCACCAAAAAGUCUCAAUGUUAAACAUUCCUAAACAUAAAUGUCAACAAUGCAAAAUUAUUUUUGUUUAAAGACAAUCAAGGUACAAGUUCAUAAGUACUCAUUAGUUUCAUUGAGAAUUGAAGCAUGGGAAAAAUCUAGUCUGUUGUAUAGUGAACAGUUUCAAGAACACCAAAAGCAUAGGAUUUAUAAUUUUUCAAAGUCUGGAAUACAUUUUAAAAUAAGUUCUUUAUUAAUUGGAAACUUUCCUGUGGGCCACAUGAUUAAAUAGACAUUACAUGUAUGAGCCAGUGUCUAUUUACAAUAUUAAAUGUUCCCAUUCUCCAAGAAUAUCGGGUCAUUAAUCAUAUUGUCAAAGUAUUAAGGUAUAGCUUACCAAUGCCUCUGUCCACUUAUGAAAAUCGUUGUUGCAGUUAUUUUCCUUUUAACUAAACCUGUGUUAAGAAACAUCCUUUAGGUUAUCUCAAAAUAGAAUUUGAACGAGUUUGAGUUCAAAUUGUUGAUUUUCAUGAAUAUUUGUUCGCUAAUUUAUCUAAAGAGUACAUAAAAUCAUGCAAGUCAUUUAAGUUAAGACCGCUUGUAAGUGUCUCCUGACACUUAAUAUGAUACCAUAUAAGGAAUUUACUAUACACAAUAUUAUUUGCACACAUUUAUAACAAUAAACGAUAUAGAAAUUUAUAAAUACUGUGUAUACAAAAGAUGAUAAGACAGUUUAAUUUGAUAGAUAUACUUUAGAUUGCUUUGGUGAAAUCAUACAUUUGUAUGCUCUCGUUUAAAAAUGUUGUUUCAUUGGCGUCUAGUUUAUAUGUAUACCCGAAUAUUAGACCUUUGUAGAACAAAGUAAACUGAUGUAGACUACCUGGACUCUGUUUUUGUCUGUAAUUUUCUGUGAUAAAAGUAUUCACAUAGGAAAUCUUAAGUGUAUAUAUGUAAAAAGUGGCAACAGAAAAUCUUUUUAUGUAUAUCAAAAGUUGCAUCACUGCAUUGCAUUGAGUUCCCUGCAAACUGGAAUUGAUAUUUCCGUAAGAUAAAUUACUAAAUGAAAGUAGGCAAGUCCGGUGUUUUAUCUUCAUGUAAAAAAUAUACACAGCCAUGCAGUACAGUAAUAUGUGUGUGUGUAAAAAGAAUAAAGAGAAAUGAAAUACUC